UGGUUAUAACACUUUUUCGAUCCUUUUUUGGAUUAUAAAUAGGUUUUAAUAUAUUGUCAAUUUGGAAAUUUUAUUAUUUCAAUUAGUUAUUAUACUUUUUAUACUCUCUAACCUCUAUUAAUCAAGUUAAUUCAAUUCAUCAUGUCAAACGCUUCAACUCAUUCAUUUGAUCCUGAUACUUAUAAAAAAUCAAUCAAUGCUCAACCAAAACCAAAUGAAAUCAUUCCUAUGCAAUUAAGAAAUUUUGCUAAAACUUAUGAAACUCCUCAACAAGGUAGUUAUCAAAAAUUCCUUACUUCAAUGGGAGAAUUAUUUGGUUCAUGUGGGAUUUUUUGUUUUCUUUGUGCAAAUCCUUAUAAAGAAGUUGAUCAAGGUGAAGUUGGUUUAAUUCAAUCUUUUGGUGCUUUAUCAAGAACUGUUGAACCUGGUUUAUCUUAUGUUAAUACUUGGUCAGAAAAAUUAACAAAAGUUUCAAUUAAAAUUAAUAUUAGAGAAAUCCCUGCUCAAAGAUGUUUUACAAAAGAUAAUGUUGGUGUGAUUAUAACUUCAGUAGUUUAUUUUAAUAUUAUUGAUCCUCAAAAAGCUAUUUUUGCUAUUGAUAAUAUUUAUACUGCUAUUAUUGAAAGAACUCAAAAUACUUUAAGAGAUGUGGUUGGUAGUAGAAGUUUACAAGAUGUGGUUGAAAAAAGAGAUGAAAUUGCUGAAUCAAUUGAAGAAAUUAUUUCCAAAACUGCUUUUGAUUGGGGGGUUCAUGUUGAAUCUAUUUUAAUUAAAGAUUUAACUUUACCUGAAAAAGUUCAAGCUUCAUUAUCAAUGGCUGCUGAAGCUAAAAGAAUUGGAGAAGGUAAAAUUAUUAAUGCUAAAGCUGAAGUUGAAAGUGCUAAAUUAAUGAGAAAAGCAGCUGAUAUUUUAGCUUCUAAACCUGCUAUGCAAAUUAGAUAUUUAGAAGCUUUACAAAAUAUGGCAAAAUCUUCAGGUUCAAGAGUUAUUUUUAUGCCUUCAUCUCAAGAAGUUGAAAGAAUGGCAACUUCAAAUGUGGGUUUACCAUCAAUUACUGGUAAAGAAAGAGCUCAAGAUUUAGAUGAAGAUGAUGAAUGGGCCGCUGGUGCUGGUAUUCAUCAAAAUUCAACUGGUGGUGGUAUUUCUGAUACUAGACAAAUCACAAGUACAGUUGCUUUACAAGAAGCUUUACGUCCUUGAUCUUGAAUUAAGCUUAUAUCCUUUCUAGUCUUAACUUAUCAUGUCAUUCGUUUGGAUUUUUAUUUAUUUUACCUUUUUUUUUUAGUUUUAUUUAUUCUUCCAUUGAUUGAAUCAACCAUUUGGUUUAUGUCUUCUUAUGUUGUUUUAUCCUACUUUCAAUUCAAUUCAAUCAAUUCAAAGUUAUGACUCCUUUUUUAAUAGUAUCAUUGUAUAUGUGUACAUUGAUAUCAUAAUAAAUGUUAAUAAAUCCAUCCAUAUAGUCUAUCUAUUUCUGUGUAGUAGUUGUAAAUCAUCAUCAUUAUCAUCAUCCUCCAAAUCGCCUAAAUUUUUUGGCAACAUCCCCCAAUACAUCAAGAAACCCUACUUUCUAUUCUCCACCAUUGCCAUACUUAGAUAUUAACCAGUUUAUAAUAUGAAUGGAUGAUCAUACUAUUCAUGACAUACCUACAUCUACA